ACAUAUUCCUUAUAUUACAUAUCAUUCCCUUUCCUUCAAUUCCAACCUCAUAAUAAUUAACUUCACCAACUCAUCUUUUAAUUCUGUUAUAACCAACAAACACAAUAUAAAGGCACACAUUGCCAUAAAAACUAAUCAAAAUACCGAAGAAAAACUGAGUUCUCCCUCAGUUUUUCUUCCCAACAAUGGUUUCACCUUCAAAUUCCAUUCCCAUUUUCAUUUUUCUUCUAUCACUUUUUUUAACAACGGUUUCAUCUCAAACAUGUUCAACUCAAAAAUUAACAGGAACGAAGGUCUACGCAAAUUGCUUAGACCUUCCCGUGCUCAAUUCCUACCUCCAUUACACCUAUGAUAAAACAAAUUCUUCCCUCUCCGUGGUUUUUACAGCGGUCCCGCCUACACUGGGCGGUUGGAUUGGCUGGGGAAUAAAUCCAACCGCCACAGGAAUGGCAGGGGCGCAGGUAAUUGUGGCAUUUAAGAAUAACACCGUGAUGGCAAUGAAAACAUUGGACCUUAAAUCUUAUAAAAUUAUUGUUCCUGGGAAAUUGUCUUUUGAUGUUUGGGACAUGAAAGCUGAGGAAGAUGGUGGUUUGAUGAAGAUUUAUGCAACUGUUAAGGUUCCGGUAAAUGUUGACGCCGUUAACCAUGUUUGGCAGGUGGGUGCCACCGUCAUGCCAGGAGGGUUUAUUGCUCCGCAUGAUUUUCAACCGCCGAAUUUGAAUUCUAAAGGGAGACUUAGCUUGAAUGGAGGUAGCGAUUCUGGUGUUGGUCCUGUUGAUCCUAUCACCAAGAAGAAAAAUAUUCAUGGAAUACUAAAUACAUUGAGUUGGGGUAUUUUGUUUCCCCUUGGAGUAAUCAUUGCAAGAUAUGUGAAAGCUUUUCCAUCAGCUGAUCCAGCUUGGUUCUAUCUUCAUGUUGGUUGUCAAUUAACUGCUUAUGUUCUUGGAGUUGCUGGUUGGGGAUCUGGCAUAAAACUUGGAAGUGAAUCAGAAGGGAUAACAUUCACUGUUCAUCGCAAUAUUGGAAUUACCCUCUUUUGUCUUGCCACUAUACAGGUUUUUGCUUUGUUCCUAAGGCCAAAACCGGAUCACAAAUACAGAUUUUUCUGGAACAUAUAUCACCAUAGUUUUGGAUACGCAAUACUCUUCCUAGGAAUUUUAAACAUAUUCAGAGGCUUUGAAAUCUUGAAUCCAGACCAAAAAUGGAGAUCAGCUUACAUUCUAGUGAUUAUUGCAUUGGCUGUAGUUGCAGUGGUGAUGGAAGUUAUAACAUGGACUUUGGUGUUGAAGAGAAAAUCUAAAAACACAAAUAAAACCUAAGAUGGAUCGAUCGAUACAACGACAAUGAAUCGACACAAAUUUAACUUUGCAACUCAUAUAUGAUUCUGAUUUUGUAAUACUUUUCUCUCGAUUGGAUCGUUUUUUAUCUUUGCAACUCAUAGUGAAAAGUUUUAUCAUGAGUGUGUUUUCAAGAAGAUUGAACAUGUUUUCUCUGCAUAUAAUUAUGCUUCUUAAUUAAUCUUUUUUCAUGGUUCAAUUAUUGCAA